AUGAGGCCUAUAAAGCACAUUGAACAAUAUCUACAAGAUAUCAAGAGUAGCAAAGUGACAGUUUAUCCAAAGAAAAAAAGAGCAGCAAAGUGUAAGAAAACGUGUGAAGGAGUUUUUCAAUUCAAUUGGGCAUUAAUGGGAUUCCAAGGGAAAUGGCUUUCUGUGAGUGUUCUACUUCUUUGCAUUGUUCUUGAUCUUAGUAUUCUUACUCUUGGUGAUCACAAGCUUGACCAAGAAAGGUUUGGAGAUGAUUGUCGAUUUGGACGUGGACCUCGUUGUAGAGGUUGGGGUGGUCGUCGUGGUUGGGGUGGUCGUCGUGGCCAUGGUGAUUUUGGAGGUGGAGGUGGAAGAGGAGGGGGCUUUGGUGGUGGUGGAGGUCUUGGUGGUGGCGGUGGUACAGGAGGAGGUCUAGGUGGUGGUGGAGGACUUGGAGGUGGUGGAGGUCUUGGUGGUGGCGGUGGUACAGGAGGAGGUCUAGGUGGUGGUGGAGGACUUGGAGGUGGUGGAGGUCUUGGUGGUGGUGGUGGUGCAGGAGGAGGUCUUGGUGGUGGUGGAGGACUUGGAGGUGGUGGUGGAGGAGGUAGUGGUGGUGGAGGUGGAUUAGGUGGUGGGUCUGGACAAGGUGGAGGAUUUGGCGCUGGUGGAGGUGUAGGCGGUGGAACUGGAGGAGGUAUUGGAGGUGGUGGAGGAGGAGGAAGUGGUGGUGGGGGUGGAUUAGGCAGUGGAUCAGGUCAUGGUGGAGGUUUUGGAGCUGGUGGAGGUGUAGGUGGUGGAGCUGGAGGAGGUCUUGGAGGUGGUGGAGGAGGAGGCAGUGGUGGUGGGGGUGGAUUAGGUGGUGGCUCGGGGCAUGGAGGAGGAUUUGGAGCCGGUGGAGGUGUAGGUGGUGGAGCUGGAGGAGGUCUUGGUGGUGGAGGAGGAGGAGGUAGUGGUGGUGGAAGUGGAUUAGGUGGUGGUUCAGGACAAGGUGGAGGAUUUGGCGCUGGUGGAGGUAUCGGUGGCGGAACUGGAGGAGGCAUUGGUGGUGGUGGAGGAGGAGGUAGUGGUGGUGGAGGUGGAAUUGGUGGUGGCUCAGGACAUGGUAGUGGAUUUGGAGCUGGAGCUGGUGUUGGGGGAGGUUCAGGAGGCAUAGCUGGUGGCGGUGGGGGAGGAGGAGGUGGAGGAGGAGGAACAGAUGGAGGUUCAGGACAUGGGGAAGGCUUUGGUGCAGGUGGUGGGGUAGGAAGUGGAGGUGGCGCAGGUUUAGGUGGUGGUGUAGGUGGAGGUCAUGGUGGUGGUGGAGGAGUUGGUAUAGGAAUUGGUAUUGGAAUUGGGGUUGGUAUAGGUUCUGGAGCUGGCCAAGGAUCUGGUACGGGAACAGGUUCUGGUAUUGGCGGCGGAAGUGGGGCUAAACAUUAA